AAUUUAGUUUUAUAUUUUAUAAUUUCAAGGAGUCACCGUGUUGAAAAAAGGGCGCGCUCGCCAGUCCAACCCCACGUUACAAAACAAAAAUAAAAAAAAGAUUUGCAGAUCAGGACGUAACUCCGACAACAAAAUCAGCAAAUCAAGACACAAGCCCAUUCCCUCUCUCUCUCUCUCUCUCUCUCUCUCUCUCUCUCUCAUUUCCAUUAGUCCAAACGAUUCUUCUUUUAGCCGUUGAGCUUCAGUUUCCGCUCGUUUCCAGAAAUCACAAAAUGUCAUAAUUGAAUUUCCUGUUUAAAUCCCUAAUUCUCAUCUUCCUCCUAUUGACCUUCUGUUCCUCGUCUCGGUCUUCUCUCUCUCUCUCUCUCUCUCUCUCUCUCUGGUUUGAUUCGAGCUAUGCUUCUCGGUCAACCGGGAUCGCGCCAUGAGUGAUUCCCAGAGCGUCUCCUCCGCCGAUUCGUCCUCCAUCGCCUCCACAGAUCAGAAUGUUGCGAGGGGUCGUAUAAGCGGCGAUAAUGGGCAUGCGCUCUCCCCUGAUAUCUCCCGGCACUGGCGGGAUGUUUUCUGGUCGGGGAUUUUUGUUGUGCAUUUGAUUGCACUGGGAUUAGUUCUGACAGUACUUGGACUCAAUAGGUUUAAGAAGACAGAUAGGCUUAACAUCGAUAGAUACACGAACAGAAUUCUCGAGAACCAGGCUGGUUUGACAGAGGCAUAUUGGCCGCUGUAUGCGGUUGCGGGUGGUGUUGGCGCUUUUCUUGGAUGGGCUUGGUUGUUGCUACUUGGCUCACGCGCCAAUCAAAUGAUGAAGGUUUCAGUGCACAUUUUGACGACUUAUCUUGCAGUGAUUAGCGUGUUGUGCUUUUGGGGGGAACAGUUCUUCUGGGGAGUUGCGUUUGCUAUUGUUGCUACGUUGCAGUUUUUGUAUGUGAUAUCAGUUAUAGACAGACUUCCAUUUACCAUGCUGGUGCUACAAACAGCUGUCAAGAUGGUAUGGAGUCUACCUGAAGUUAUGAGAGUAGCAUAUGCAUUCAUGAUAGUCAUGCUUUUAUGGAUGGCAAUAUGGUCUUUUGGAGUAGCUGGUGUUGUGGCUUCAAGCAUGGGUGAUGGUGGACGCUGGUGGCUCCUUGUGGUGAGCGGGCAAGUUUUGCUCUUUAUUCCAUCUGCUACUAUCAGGGUGCUUUCAGUAAGCUUAUUUUGGACUGGUGCAGUCUUAUGUAAUACUGUUCAUGUUAUAGUGUCUGGGAUGGUGUUUCUUGUUCUCAUCCAUGGUGGCCGAGAAGCAGCAUCACUGCCUCCCAAUUCAUUGUCAAGAUCUCUACAGUAUGCUGUGACGACUUCUUUUGGCAGCAUUUGCUAUGGAUCCCUCUUUACAGCUGCGAUCAGGACAUUGCGGUGGGAGAUCAGGGGCCUCCGGUCAAAGAUUGGCAACAAUGAGUGUUUGCUCUGCUGUGUUGAUUUCCUGUUUCAUCUUGUGGAAACCCUUGUUCGGUUUUUUAACAAGUACGCUUAUGUCCAGAUAGCAGUUUAUGGAAAAGGCUUUAAUCGCUCAGCUAGAGAUGCCUGGGAGUUAUUCCAGUCAACUGGCGUGGAAGCACUUAUUGCCUAUGAUUGUUCAGGUGCUGUUCUGCUGAUGUGCACGGUCUUGGGCGGACUUAUUACUGGAACUUGCUCUGGAGUUUGGGCAUGGAUAAAAACGAGUGACAGAGUGAUUAUGGUUGGAUCCACUGCGAUGCUGAUGGGAAUGAUCUUGGUUGGACUGGCAAUGGUGGUGGUGGAAAGCGCGGUUACAUCCAUAUACAUUUGUUAUGCAGAAGACCCCUUGCUGAUUAAUAGAUGGGAUGCCGAAUUCUUCAACCAAAUGUCCGAGACACUACACCAGCGUCUGCAACAUAGAAGCUCCCGAGCAAGGGAAGUAUUGACCCACAGUAGGCUUGACAGGCACAUGCAAGACACGAUCUCUGUUUGAAUUUCCCUACUGUUUGCAAAAAAGCACAAUGUAAUUAUUUCAUGUCUAAUUUAUUCUUCUCCACGAGAUACGAAAGGCUCCAUUUUUUUUUUCCCAAUAUUGCAGGGUGAUUCAAUCUUUAAUGUUUAGAAACUUCAGUGGUCAUUUGUCUGCGAUGCCAUUGCUAGGGCUUUGAACUUGACCCCAGUAGCCAUGCUCCCACAGACCUCAUUUGUGGACCUGUGGUGGUUUUGAGUUCCAUGUGGAAGUUUAUAUAUAUACUUCAAUCCGAGUAA